AUGUCAUCUUGGCUUUCAUACUUACUUGGUACUGUGUCAGAAAGAGAAGAGGAAGCGCCCGAUUCUGUUCAUGGAGACCAGGAAUCUGCGCCCACGGAGGAGUCUUCACGCGAGGAAGCACCAUUACCAGGACUCUCACCAUCGACUUCCUCCAACAUAAACAAUGUUCUGGAAGGCCUAUCAGAACAGCAGCGGGAAGCGAUCAAUAAUGUGCUCCGCAGGGCUGAUGCAUCUCGACGAGUGGCGAAGGUUGUUGUUGAUGGUCGGCAUCUUCAACGUUACAGAAGAAUGCAGAGGGCAUUUGCUGAUCCAGAAAAACGGUAUAGUGUCGAAGAAAUACAUCGCGAUGACAGCGCUGACCACAACGAUUUCGUUGAAAUGGAUUCGCUUCCGGAAGAUCUCACAGUUUCUGUGGGGUCGCCCGCGGUCCCUGUCAAUAUUAAUCUACAACAACAAUACGGUAUCAUGGGCAGUUCUGAGACGGUGUGGCCGCGAUACUCACUGAGGAAUAAAAUAGAAACUUUUGGGAGACGAUUAUCAAAUUGGUUUAACACACUCGAUUACGACGGCGACUACAUGGACUUUCAGAUGGAUAGAGAAACUCGCGAGAUUUUUCCUUUGGAUCCAGAUGUGUGUUCUUUUAUUGAUGUGCUAUCGACUGGGGUUAUUAUACUUGCCUUAUUCGAGCUCUAUGAGAGCUCCUUACAAAGCUCACUUGUUCUUCAUUCAUACUGCGAGGAACUAACCAUAGCCAUUUUCAAAAUGGUCUGCUCUGAUCUCAAACAAAACUCUCUUUUAAACGAUGAAAAUGCUAUCAUCGAUCAACUUUCUUCCCAAUUGGUCCUUCAUAUCUUUAAUGAUAUUUGGGCGAUGGCUGUUAAAGAUUUCUAUGUUGGAAUUUCUUCAGAUGCCGAGAAGAAACACAAAGGAAACGAGGUUGUCUCACCCUCCUCAUCAUCCUCACCAAUAUCAACACCUCUGUCUACACGUUACGAAAUAUUACACAUAGAAGAUGAAUCAUACCAUCUUCCAGAUAGUGAAUCAAGCUGCUAUUCGCUAUCAGAUGACAUAGAGCCAUCGGAUUAUAAAUCAAGCGAAAAUGAGCCACGGGUAAUGCAGCAGAAAGAGAAUCGGCUUGUUUUCAAAUCUGACAAAAUAGUAAACGAAGUAGAAGACCUACGCCAAAGCAUCGAACAGGUUACAAGAUACGAGGAACGGACAAGCGCUGAUAUUGGAGAAGAAUUGAUGUCUGAUACGUGCUACAUCGAGACUGAUGAACAUUCAUCGCAAGAGCAUCCUGAAGGAGCAUCUUCAUACUUGACGCAUCAGAAAGACGAAUAUUGCGCUGAAGAUGAACUGUGCACAGGAGGGAUAAAUCCAAGUAUAAAAACGGAAUAUAACAACCUAAUAGCACAAAAUGAGGAGGACACAUAUUGGAGAUGCGUUUAUAAAGGAAAUAUUCGCUCGGGCGAAACUGAGGAAGAUAACAAAUACAAAACGAGAAAACACUUUUUGGGUAAGUCAACAGUAGACCGAAGUGGAGCAUCAAGAUAUGGAAGCAGAAUGGACCAAAAUGAAGCAUCUUUCCAUCAAAAAGUUAUAGAAGAAGACAAAACUCGUAACGACGCUGAUCGAGACAACUCAGAUGGGCAGCAUCAGAAAGAGAGAAAAGCUCCAGAUGCGCGAAAAGAGCACAUAAGAGAGGAGACUGAAGUCACUUCGGGUACUCAUAAAGAAGUAAUUUCUCAUGCCAGCUCUUUCAAUGAGGAAGCACCGCUAAAUGAAAAACACACUAGAUUAUUUGAAAAAUCGAAAGUCGUCAUGCUCCGAAAAAAGCCAGUUAGACCACCACCAUCAGUCCCACAAAUCUCGGUGUCUGAGGAGUAUAAGACGACACCUGAGUUGUUGACUCAGGAGGAACUUGAUCAUAUCGCCGCUAUAGAGCGACUGGCACAAGAAUCUUCCUUUAAUCUCGGAGCAGAAUAUGUAGAAAAAUCUGAGACUCUUGUCGACAGUGAAGUUGCUGAGGAAGAGAGAAUUAGCGGUGAAACAGCAACUGUAAAAGACGAUGUGGGUGGUGUCGAUCGAGGCUACACUGUAGAGCCGUAUGAGGAAGAGAAAUUUGUUACAGAGGACAGAAAAGAGUAUGUGAAAGAGGACUCGGUAGCCACAUCGGGUGCUGAUCAGGAAGUAAGCUCAGAUGUGGGCUCUUUUGACGAAGAACCCAAAUAUUUCUAUACUCAGCAACAGCCCGUUAGACCACCACCACCAGUCCCACAAAUCUCGGUGUCUGAGGAGUAUAAGACGACACCUGAGUUGUUGACUCAGGAGGAACUUGAUCAUAUCGCCGCUAUCGAGCGACUGGCACAAGAAUCUUCCUUUAAUCUCGAAGCAGAACAUGUAGAAAAAUCUGAGACUCUUGUCGACAGUGAAGUUGCUGAGGAAGAGAGAAUUAGUGGUGAGGUCGAUCGAGGCUACACUGUAGAGCCGUAUGAGGAAGAGAAAUUUGUUACAGAGGACAGAAAAGAGUAUGUGAAAGAGGACUCGGUAGCCACAUCGGGUGCCGAUCUGGAAACCACCACCACCACCACCACCACCGUCCCACAAAUCUCGGUGUCUGAGGAGUAUAAGACGACACCUGAGUUGUUGACUCAGGAGGAACUUGAUCAUAUCGCCGCUAUAGAGCGACUGGCACAAGAAUCUUCCUUUAAUCUCGAAGCAGAACAUGUAGAAAAAUCUGAGACUCUUGUCGACAGUGAAGUUGCUGAGGAAGAGAGAAUUAGUGGUGAGGUCGAUCGAGGCUACACUGUGGAGCCGUAUGAGGAAGAGAAGUUUGUUACAGAGGACAGAAAAGAGUAUGUGAAAGAGGACUCGGUAGCCACAUCGGGUGCCGAUCUGGAAGUAAGCUCAGAUGUGGGCUCUUUUGACGAAGAACCCAAAUAUUUCUAUACUCAGCAACAGCCCGUUAGACCACCACCACCAGUCCCACAAAUCUCGGUGUCUGAGGAGUAUAAGACGACACCUGAGUUGUUGACUCAGGAGGAACUUGAUCAUAUCGCCGCUAUAGAGCGACUGGCACAAGAAUCUUCCUUUAAUCUCGAAGCAGAACAUGUAGAAAAAUCUGAGACUCUUGUCGACAGUGAAGUUGCUGAGGAAGAGAGAAUUAGUGGUGAGGUCGAUCGAGGCUACACUGUAGAGCCGUAUGAGGAAGAGAAAUUUGUUACAGAGGACAGAAAAGAGUAUGUGAAAGAGGACUCGGUAGCCACAUCGGGUGCCGAUCUGGAAGUAAGCUCAGAUGUGGGCUCUUUUGACGAAGAACCCAAAUAUUUCUAUACUCAGCAACAGCCCGUUAGACCACCACCACCAGUCCCACAAAUCUCGGUGUCUGAGGAGUAUAAGACGACACCUGAGUUGUUGACUCAGGAGGAACUUGAUCAUAUCGCCGCUAUAGAGCGACUGGCACAAGAAUCUUCCUUUAAUCUCGAAGCAGAACAUGUAGAAAAAUCUGAGACUCUUGUCGACAGUGAAGUUGCUGAGGAAGAGAGAUUGGUGGAAGAGAAAUUUGUUACAGAGGACAGAAAAGAGUAUGUGAAAGAGGACUCGGUAGCCACAUCGGGUGCCGAUCAGGAAGUAAGCUCAGAUGUGGGCUCUUUUGACGAAGAACCCAAAUAUUUCUAUACUCAGCAACAGCCAGUUAGACCACCACCACCGGUCCCACAAAUCUCGGUGUCUGAGGAGUAUAAGACGACACCUGAGUUGUUGACUCAGGAGGAACUUGAUCAUAUCGCCGCUAUAGAGCGACUGGCACAAGAAUCUUCCUUUAAUCUCGAAGCAGAACAUGUAGAAAAAUCUGAGACUCUUGUCGACAGUGAAGUUGCUGAGGAAGAUAGAAUUAGUGGUGAGAACUGUAAAUCGAGUACGAUGGGUGGUGAUACUGAUCGAGGCUACACUGUGGAGCCGUAUGAGGAAGAGAAGUUUGUUACAGAGGACAGAAAAGAGUAUGUGAAAGAGGACUCGGUAGCCACAUCGGGUGCCGAUCUGGAAGUAAGCUCAGAUGUGGGCUCUUUUGACGAAGAACCCAAAUAUUUCUAUACUCAGCAACAGCCCGUUAGACCACCACCACCAGUCCCACAAAUCUCGGUGUCUGAGGAGUAUAAGACGACACCUGAGUUGUUGACUCAGGAGGAACUUGAUCAUAUCGCCGCUAUAGAGCGACUGGCACAAGAAUCUUCCUUUAAUCUCGAAGCAGAACAUGUAGAAAAAUCUGAGACUCUUGUCGACAGUGAAGUUGCUGAGGAAGAGAGAAUUAGUGGUGAGGUCGAUCGAGGCUACACUGUAGAGCCGUAUGAGGAAGAGAAAUUUGUUACAGAGGACAGAAAAGAGUAUGUGAAAGAGGACUCGGUAGCCACAUCGGGUGCCGAUCUGGAAGUAAGCUCAGAUGUGGGCUCUUUUGACGAAGAACCCAAAUAUUUCUAUACUCAGCAACAGCCCGUUAGACCACCACCACCAGUCCCACAAAUCUCGGUGUCUGAGGAGUAUAAGACGACACCUGAGUUGUUGACUCAGGAGGAACUUGAUCAUAUCGCCGCUAUAGAGCGACUGGCACAAGAAUCUUCCUUUAAUCUCGAAGCAGAACAUGUAGAAAAAUCUGAGACUCUUGUCGACAGUGAAGUUGCUGAGGAAGAGAGAAUUAGUGGUGAGGUCGAUCGAGGCUACACUGUAGAGCCGUAUGAGGAAGAGAAAUUUGUUACAGAGGACAGAAAAGAGUAUGUGAAAGAGGACUCGGUAGCCACAUCGGGUGCCGAUCUGGAAGUAAGCUCAGAUGUGGGCUCUUUUGACGAAGAACCCAAAUAUUUCUAUACUCAGCAACAGCCCGUUAGACCACCACCACCAGUCCCACAAAUCUCGGUGUCUGAGGAGUAUAAGACGACACCUGAGUUGUUGACUCGGAGGCAGGAGGAACUUGAUCAUAUCGCCGCUAUAGAGCGACUGGCACAAGAAUCUUCCUUUAAUCUCGAAGCAGAACAUGUAGAAAAAUCUGAGACUCUUGUCGACAGUGAAGUUGCUGAGGAAGAUAGAAUUAGCGGUGAAACAGCAACUGUAAAAGACGAUGUGGGUGGUGAGGUCGAUCGAGGCUACACUGUAGAGCCGUAUGAGGAAGAGAAAUUUGUUACAGAGGACAGAAAAGAGUAUGUGAAAGAGGACUCGGUAGCCACAUCGGGUGCCGAUCUGGAAGUAAGCUCAGAUGUGGGCUCUUUUGACGAAGAACCCAAAUAUUUCUAUACUCAGCAACAGCCCGUUAGACCACCACCACCAGUCCCACAAAUCUCGGUGUCUGAGGAGUAUAAGACGACACCUGAGUUGUUGACUCAGGAGGAACUUGAUCAUAUCGCCGCUAUAGAGCGACUGGCACAAGAAUCUUCCUUUAAUCUCGAAGCAGAACAUGUAGAAAAAUCUGAGACUCUUGUCGACAGUGAAGUUGCUGAGGAAGAGAGAAUUAGUGGUGAGGUCGAUCGAGGCUACACUGUAGAGCCGUAUGAGGAAGAGAAAUUUGUUACAGAGGACAGAAAAGAGUAUGUGAAAGAGGACUCGGUAGCCACAUCGGGUGCCGAUCUGGAAGUAAGCUCAGAUGUGGGCUCUUUUGACGAAGAACCCAAAUAUUUCUAUACUCAGCAACAGCCCGUUAGACCACCACCACCAGUCCCACAAAUCUCGGUGUCUGAGGAGUAUAAGACGACACCUGAGUUGUUGACUCAGGAGGAACUUGAUCAUAUCGCCGCUAUAGAGCGACUGGCACAAGAAUCUUCCUUUAAUCUCGAAGCAGAACAUGUAGAAAAAUCUGAGACUCUUGUCGACAGUGAAGUUGCUGAGGAAGAGAGAAUUAGUGAGGACAGAAAAGAGUAUGUGAAAGAGGACUCGGUAGCCACAUCGGGUGCCGAUCUGGAAGUAAGCUCAGAUGUGGGCUCUUUUGACGAAGAACCCAAAUAUUUCUAUACUCAGCAACAGCCCGUUAGACCACCACCACCAGUCCCACAAAUCUCGGUGUCUGAGGAGUAUAAGACGACACCUGAGUUGUUGACUCAGGAGGAACUUGAUCAUAUCGCCGCUAUAGAGCGACUGGCACAAGAAUCUUCCUUUAAUCUCGAAGCAGAACAUGUAGAAAAAUCUGAGACUCUUGUCGACAGUGAAGUUGCUGAGGAAGAGAGAAUUAGUGGUGAGGUCGAUCGAGGCUACACUGUAGAGCCGUAUGAGGAAGAGAAAUUUGUUACAGAGGACAGAAAAGAGUAUGUGAAAGAGGACUCGGUAGCCACAUCGGGUGCCGAUCUGGAAGUAAGCUCAGAUGUGGGCUCUUUUGACGAAGAACCCAAAUAUUUCUAUACUCAGCAACAGCCCGUUAGACCACCACCACCAGUCCCACAAAUCUCGGUGUCUGAGGAGUAUAAGACGACACCUGAGUUGUUGACUCAGGAGGAACUUGAUCAUAUCGCCGCUAUAGAGCGACUGGCACAAGAAUCUUCCUUUAAUCUCGAAGCAGAACAUGUAGAAAAAUCUGAGACUCUUGUCGACAGUGAAGUUGCUGAGGAAGAGAGAAUUAGUGGUGAGGUCGAUCGAGGCUACACUGUAGAGCCGUAUGAGGAAGAGAAAUUUGUUACAGAGGACAGAAAAGAGUAUGUGAAAGAGGACUCGGUAGCCACAUCGGGUGCCGAUCAGGAAGUAAGCUCAGAUGUGGGCUCUUUUGACGAAGAACCCAAAUAUUUCUAUACUCAGCAACAGCCCGUUAGACCACCACCACCAGUCCCACAAAUCUCGGUGUCUGAGGAGUAUAAGACGACACCUGAGUUGUUGACUCAGGAGGAACUUGAUCAUAUCGCCGCUAUAGAGCGACUGGCACAAGAAUCUUCCUUUAAUCUCGAAGCAGAACAUGUAGAAAAAUCUGAGACUCUUGUCGACAGUGAAGUUGCUGAGGAAGAGAGAAUUAGUGAGGACAGAAAAGAGUAUGUGAAAGAGGACUCGGUAGCCACAUCGGGUGCCGAUCUGGAAGUAAGCUCAGAUGUGGGCUCUUUUGACGAAGAACCCAAAUAUUUCUAUACUCAGCAACAGCCCGUUAGACCACCACCACCAGUCCCACAAAUCUCGGUGUCUGAGGAGUAUAAGACGACACCUGAGUUGUUGACUCAGGAGGAACUUGAUCAUAUCGCCGCUAUAGAGCGACUGGCACAAGAAUCUUCCUUUAAUCUCGAAGCAGAACAUGUAGAAAAAUCUGAGACUCUUGUCGACAGUGAAGUUGCUGAGGAAGAGAGAAUUAGUGGUGAGGUCGAUCGAGGCUACACUGUAGAGCCGUAUGAGGAAGAGAAAUUUGUUACAGAGGACAGAAAAGAGUAUGUGAAAGAGGACUCGGUAGCCACAUCGGAACCCAAAUAUUUCUAUACUCAGCAACAGCCCGUUAGACCACCACCACCAGUCCCACAAAUCUCGGUGUCUGAGGAGUAUAAGACGACACCUGAGUUGUUGACUCAGGAGGAACUUGAUCAUAUCGCCGCUAUAGAGCGACUGGCACAAGAAUCUUCCUUUAAUCUCGAAGCAGAACAUGUAGAAAAAUCUGAGACUCUUGUCGACAGUGAAGUUGCUGAGGAAGAGAGAAUUAAGGACAGAAAAGAGUAUGUGAAAGAGGACUCGGUAGCCACAUCGGGUGCCGAUCUGGAAGUAAGCUCAGAUGUGGGCUCUUUUGACGAAGAACCCAAAUAUUUCUAUACUCAGCAACAGCCCGUUAGACCACCACCACCAGUCCCACAAAUCUCGGUGUCUGAGGAGUAUAAGACGACACCUGAGUUGUUGACUCAGGAGGAACUUGAUCAUAUCGCCGCUAUAGAGCGACUGGCACAAGAAUCUUCCUUUAAUCUCGAAGCAGAACAUGUAGAAAAAUCUGAGACUCUUGUCGACAGUGAAGUUGCUGAGGAAGAGAGAAUUAGUGGUGAACAGAACGGUCGCGAUGUGGAGGACAGAAAAGAGUAUGUGAAAGAGGACUCGGUAGCCACAUCGGGUGCCGAUCUGGAAGUAAGCUCAGAUGUGGGCUCUUUUGACGAAGAACCCAAAUAUUUCUAUACUCAGCAACAGCCCGUUAGACCACCACCACCAGUCCCACAAAUCUCGGUGUCUGAGGAGUAUAAGACGACACCUGAGUUGUUGACUCAGGAGGAACUUGAUCAUAUCGCCGCUAUAGAGCGACUGGCACAAGAAUCUUCCUUUAAUCUCGAAGCAGAACAUGUAGAAAAAUCUGAGACUCUUGUCGACAGUGAAGUUGCUGAGGAAGAGAGAAUUAGUGGUGAGGUCGAUCGAGGCUACACUGUAGAGCCGUAUGAGGAAGAGAAAUUUGUUACAGAGGACAGAAAAGAGUAUGUGAAAGAGGACUCGGUAGCCACAUCGGGUGCCGAUCUGGAAGUAAGCUCAGAUGUGGGCUCUUUUGACGAAGAACCCAAAUAUUUCUAUACUCAGCAACAGCCCGUUAGACCACCACCACCAGUCCCACAAAUCUCGGUGUCUGAGGAGUAUAAGACGACACCUGAGUUGUUGACUCAGGAGGAACUUGAUCAUAUCGCCGCUAUAGAGCGACUGGCACAAGAAUCUUCCUUUAAUCUCGAAGCAGAACAUGUAGAAAAAUCUGAGACUCUUGUCGACAGUGAAGUUGCUGAGGAAGAGAGAAUUAGUGGUGAGGUCGAUCGAGGCUACACUGUAGAGCCGUAUGAGGAAGAGAAAUUUGUUACAGAGGACAGAAAAGAGUAUGUGAAAGAGGACUCGGUAGCCACAUCGGGUGCCGAUCUGGAAGUAAGCUCAGAUGUGGGCUCUUUUGACGAAGAACCCAAAUAUUUCUAUACUCAGCAACAGCCCGUUAGACCACCACCACCAGUCCCACAAAUCUCGGUGUCUGAGGAGUAUAAGACGACACCUGAGUUGUUGACUCAGGAGGAACUUGAUCAUAUCGCCGCUAUAGAGCGACUGGCACAAGAAUCUUCCUUUAAUCUCGAAGCAGAACAUGUAGAAAAAUCUGAGACUCUUGUCGACAAGCCGUAUGAGGAAGAGAAAUUUGUUACAGAGGACAGAAAAGAGUAUGUGAAAGAGGACUCGGUAGCCACAUCGGGUGCCGAUCUGGAAGUAAGCUCAGAUGUGGGCUCUUUUGACGAAGAACCCAAAUAUUUCUAUACUCAGCAACAGCCCGUUAGACCACCACCACCAGUCCCACAAAUCUCGGUGUCUGAGGAGUAUAAGACGACACCUGAGUUGUUGACUCAGGAGGAACUUGAUCAUAUCGCCGCUAUAGAGCGACUGGCACAAGAAUCUUCCUUUAAUCUCGAAGCAGAACAUGUAGAAAAAUCUGAGACUCUUGUCGACAGUGAAGUUGCUGAGGAAGAGAGAAUUAGCGGUGAAACAGCAACUGUAAAAGACGAUGUGGGUGGUGAUACUGAUCGAGGCUACACUGUGGAGCCGUAUGAGGAAGAGAAAUUUGUUACAGAGGACAGAAAAGAGUAUGUGAAAGAGGACUCGGUAGCCACAUCGGGUGCCGAUCUGGAAGUAAGCUCAGAUGUGGGCUCUUUUGACGAAGAACCCAAAUAUUUCUAUACUCAGCAACAGCCCGUUAGACCACCACCACCAGUCCCACAAAUCUCGGUGUCUGAGGAGUAUAAGACGACACCUGAGUUGUUGACUCAGGAGGAACUUGAUCAUAUCGCCGCUAUAGAGCGACUGGCACAAGAAUCUUCCUUUAAUCUCGAAGCAGAACAUGUAGAAAAAUCUGAGACUCUUGUCGACAGUGAAGUUGCUGAGGAAGAGAGAAUUAGUGGUGAGGUCGAUCGAGGCUACACUGUAGAGCCGUAUGAGGAAGAGAAAUUUGUUACAGAGGACAGAAAAGAGUAUGUGAAAGAGGACUCGGUAGCCACAUCGGGUGCCGAUCUGGAAGUAAGCUCAGAUGUGGGCUCUUUUGACGAAGAACCCAAAUAUUUCUAUACUCAGCAACAGCCCGUUAGACCACCACCACCAGUCCCACAAAUCUCGGUGUCUGAGGAGUAUAAGACGACACCUGAGUUGUUGACUCAGGAGGAACUUGAUCAUAUCGCCGCUAUAGAGCGACUGGCACAAGAAUCUUCCUUUAAUCUCGAAGCAGAACAUGUAGAAAAAUCUGAGACUCUUGUCGACAGUGAAGUUGCUGAGGAAGAGAGAAUUAGUGGUGAAACAGCAUUAAAAGGUGGGGUCGAUCGAGGCUACACUGUAGAGCCGUAUGAGGAAGAGAAAUUUGUUACAGAGGACAGAAAAGAGUAUGUGAAAGAGGACUCGGUAGCCACAUCGGGUGCCGAUCAGGAAGUAAGCUCAGAUGUGGGCUCUUUUGACGAAGAACCCAAAUAUUUCUAUACUCAGCAACAGCCCGUUAGACCACCACCACCAGUCCCACAAAUCUCGGUGUCUGAGGAGUAUAAGACGACACCUGAGUUGUUGACUCAGGAGGAACUUGAUCAUAUCGCCGCUAUAGAGCGACUGGCACAAGAAUCUUCCUUUAAUCUCGAAGCAGAACAUGUAGAAAAAUCUGAGACUCUUGUCGACAGUGAAGUUGCUGAGGAAGAUAGAAUUAGUGGUGAGGUCGAUCGAGGCUACACUGUAGAGCCGUAUGAGGAAGAGAAAUUUGUUACAGAGGACAGAAAAGAGUAUGUGAAAGAGGACUCGGUAGCCACAUCGGGUGCCGAUCUGGAAGUAAGCUCAGAUGUGGGCUCUUUUGACGAAGAACCCAAAUAUUUCUAUACUCAGCAACAGCCCGUUAGACCACCACCACCAGUCCCACAAAUCUCGGUGUCUGAGGAGUAUAAGACGACACCUGAGUUGUUGACUCAGGAGGAACUUGAUCAUAUCGCCGCUAUAGAGCGACUGGCACAAGAAUCUUCCUUUAAUCUCGAAGCAGAACAUGUAGAAAAAUCUGAGACUCUUGUCGACAGUGAAGUUGCUGAGGAAGAGAGAAUUAGUGAGGACAGAAAAGAGUAUGUGAAAGAGGACUCGGUAGCCACAUCGGGUGCCGAUCUGGAAGUAAGCUCAGAUGUGGGCUCUUUUGACGAAGAACCCAAAUAUUUCUAUACUCAGCAACAGCCCGUUAGACCACCACCACCAGUCCCACAAAUCUCGGUGUCUGAGGAGUAUAAGACGACACCUGAGUUGUUGACUCAGGAGGAACUUGAUCAUAUCGCCGCUAUAGAGCGACUGGCACAAGAAUCUUCCUUUAAUCUCGAAGCAGAACAUGUAGAAAAAUCUGAGACUCUUGUCGACAGUGAAGUUGCUGAGGAAGAUAGAAUUAGUGGUGAGGUCGAUCGAGGCUACACUGUAGAGCCGUAUGAGGAAGAGAAAUUUGUUACAGAGGACAGAAAAGAGUAUGUGAAAGAGGACUCGGUAGCCACAUCGGGUGCCGAUCUGGAAGUAAGCUCAGAUGUGGGCUCUUUUGACGAAGAACCCAAAUAUUUCUAUACUCAGCAACAGCCCGUUAGACCACCACCACCAGUCCCACAAAUCUCGGUGUCUGAGGAGUAUAAGACGACACCUGAGUUGUUGACUCAGGAGGAACUUGAUCAUAUCGCCGCUAUAGAGCGACUGGCACAAGAAUCUUCCUUUAAUCUCGAAGCAGAACAUGUAGAAAAAUCUGAGACUCUUGUCGACAGUGAAGUUGCUGAGGAAGAGAGAAUUAGUGAGGACAGAAAAGAGUAUGUGAAAGAGGACUCGGUAGCCACAUCGGGUGCCGAUCUGGAAGUAAGCUCAGAUGUGGGCUCUUUUGACGAAGAACCCAAAUAUUUCUAUACUCAGCAACAGCCCGUUAGACCACCACCACCAGUCCCACAAAUCUCGGUGUCUGAGGAGUAUAAGACGACACCUGAGUUGUUGACUCAGGAGGAACUUGAUCAUAUCGCCGCUAUAGAGCGACUGGCACAAGAAUCUUCCUUUAAUCUCGAAGCAGAACAUGUAGAAAAAUCUGAGACUCUUGUCGACAGUGAAGUUGCUGAGGAAGAUAGAAUUAGCGGUGAAACAGCAACUGUAAAAGACGAUGUGGGUGGUGAUACUGAUCGAGGCUACACUGUGGAGCCGUAUGAGGAAGAGAAGUUUGUUACAGAGGACAGAAAAGAGUAUGUGAAAGAGGACUCGGUAGCCACAUCGGGUGCCGAUCAGGAAGUAAGCUCAGAUGUGGGCUCUUUUGACGAAGAACCCAAAUAUUUCUAUACUCAGCAACAGCCCGUUAGACCACCACCACCAGUCCCACAAAUCUCGGUGUCUGAGGAGUAUAAGACGACACCUGAGUUGUUGACUCAGGAGGAACUUGAUCAUAUCGCCGCUAUAGAGCGACUGGCACAAGAAUCUUCCUUUAAUCUCGAAGCAGAACAUGUAGAAAAAUCUGAGACUCUUGUCGACAGUGAAGGUGCUGAGGAAGAGAGAAUUAGUGGUGAGGUCGAUCGAGGCUACACUGUGGAGCCGUAUGAGGAAGAGAAAUUUGUUACAGAGGACAAAAAAGAGUAUGUGAAAGAGGACUCGGUAGCCACAUCGGGUGCCGAUCAGGAAGUAAGCUCAGAUGUGGGCUCUUUUGACGAAGAACCCAAAUAUUUCUAUACUCAGCAACAGCCCGUUAGACCACCACCACCAGUCCCACAAAUCUCGGUGUCUGAGGAGUAUAAGACGACACCUGAGUUGUUGACUCAGGAGGAACUUGAUCAUAUCGCCGCUAUAGAGCGACUGGCACAAGAAUCUUCCUUUAAUCUCGAAGCAGAACAUGUAGAAAAAUCUGAGACUCUUGUCGAUCGAGGCUACACUGUAGAGCCGUAUGAGGAAGAGAAAUUUGUUACAGAGGACAGAAAAGAGUAUGUGAAAGAGGACUCGGUAGCCACAUCGGGUGCCGAUCAGGAAGUAAGCUCAGAUGUGGGCUCUUUUGACGAAGAACCCAAAUAUUUCUAUACUCAGCAACAGCCCGUUAGACCACCACCACCAGUCCCACAAAUCUCGGUGUCUGAGGAGUAUAAGACGACACCUGAGUUGUUGACUCAGGAGGAACUUGAUCAUAUCGCCGCUAUAGAGCGACUGGCACAAGAAUCUUCCUUUAAUCUCGAAGCAGAACAUGUAGAAAAAUCUGAGACUCUUGUCGACAGUGAAGUUGCUGAGGAAGAUAGAAUUAGCGGUGAAACGCAACUGAAAAGACGAUGUGGAGAGGACAGAAAAGAGUAUGUGAAAGAGGACUCGGUAGCCACAUCGGGUGCCGAUCUGGAAGUAAGCUCAGAUGUGGGCUCUUUUGACGAAGAACCCAAAUAUUUCUAUACUCAGCAACAGCCCGUUAGACCACCACCACCAGUCCCACAAAUCUCGGUGUCUGAGGAGUAUAAGACGACACCUGAGUUGUUGACUCAGGAGGAACUUGAUCAUAUCGCCGCUAUAGAGCGACUGGCACAAGAAUCUUCCUUUAAUCUCGAAGCAGAACAUGUAGAAAAAUCUGAGACUCUUGUCGACAGUGAAGUUGCUGAGGAAGAGAGAAUUAGUGGUGAGGUCGAUCGAGGCUACACUGUAGAGCCGUAUGAGGAAGAGAAAUUUGUUACAGAGGACAGAAAAGAGUAUGUGAAAGAGGACUCGGUAGCCACAUCGGGUGCCGAUCAGGAAGUAAGCUCAGAUGUGGGCUCUUUUGACGAAGAACCCAAAUAUUUCUAUACUCAGCAACAGCCCGUUAGACCACCACCACCAGUCCCACAAAUCUCGGUGUCUGAGGAGUAUAAGACGACACCUGAGUUGUUGACUCAGGAGGAACUUGAUCAUAUCGCCGACACUGUAAUUUCUUCUUUUCCCACGGAAAUAGUAAAAGCGGAAGAGAUUGUAAAACCUUUGAAUUAUGAAUUCGUUGGGAUAGAUAAGAAUUGUGGUGGGGCUGAUCGAAAUUAUACUAUUGAGGAGUGUGAAGAAGAGAGUUUCGCUGCAGGUAAACGAAAAAAGGAAAUACAGGAACAUUCUGAGGCAUUAUCUUUGGUCUCUCAGGAAAUUAUCCCCUGUCCUGGUUUCUCUCACACUGAUGUUCCCUCCUGCGCUGUAUUGUCUCUGGUGUCUAUUAAAAAUGGUACUGGAUCUGACACUUUUAGUCACUCACAUUCCCAUCACGUUCCCGAAAUUGGGAACUCGGAUAAGAAAGGAAUUUUCGAAUGCUUCCAUUGCAGUGCACUUGUUCAAUCUUAUUCUUCAAUGAGUGCAAUUCCAGAUGCUUGCACAAAUGCAGUUCCCACAUCCAGUCCAAUGGAAGAAGCGGAGAAGCGAGAAAAAGAUGGCGUUGUAAAACACAUCGAAGCGGAUAUGUGUAUCCGCGGCGCACCAGCGUUCUCAGAAAACUGGUGUGUAGCUGAUUGCGAGGAUUUUCAGACGGCAGUACCUGAGGAUCAUGACUUCUCAAUACCUUCAUGUUCAUUCUUGAAAAGAUUGUCCUCUGCGUCUGAAGCAGUUUCAGAGCAAACAAGUUCUGUUGAAAUUAUUUCUCCGACAAAGGAAUCCGUGUUUGUUCACGCCAUAGAAGACACGCAGGCCUCUUUCAAAACUUCCGCUGAGAAACACGGAAAACGCGGCAUGCAGAACGAAACUGAUAGAAGUGGUGAGUACCACGAUCAAGAAUUAAUCGAAGUAGAAUCAUCAUGUGAGGCCUGCCACACGUCGCCGUCUGAGUCCGGAUCGCAAGAAAAUUUUGUUGUAUCUUACGAUAGGUCGUCUCCUUUGCUGGAAGAUUACGACGGUGAAGAAUAUGGUCAUGAGAGUACAAUUAUUGCUUCCCAACAUCCAGUCUUCUGUGAGCACACAUUCCUCGAAAAAAGAACCUUUAUUGACAUUAUUUCACCUGUUUCACGAGAAGGUGAUGAAACUAAGCAUGUGAUGGAUAAUAUUUCUUAUGGAGAGCGCAAUGUACUAAGUACCUCCACUGGAAUAACCGCACUCGAAGAAACAGCACGUAUCUUAGGAAAAAACUCCGAGAAAACCUUCUCAGAUAAUGAAUCGACUCCACCUCAUUUGAAAAGAGAUGCUACGAAGAUUUCUCCAAAGGUAUGCAGCCAUUUUGCUCACGCUCAAAAUGAGUAUAAUCACAAUGCUCAAGCACCGAGACAUGCAGAAUCCUCAUGUGGGACUACUGUACAUUCUCUGUCUCCUCGUACAACAUACAAGUCUUUGUUUGGAGUAACUGCGCUGGAGGAGUCUCCUGAAACAGAUAAGAGCGGACGUGCUGCGGAAAUACAUACGGAGGAACCCAGCACUGAGACACUCACACAAGAAGAGCUGGAUCACAUUGCCUACAUACAACGGCUUGCAGAAGAAUCUUCAUCUGGUAUUGGUGUACCUGCUUUGUCCACUACAACGCACAGGGAUUCGUUCGGAGUAACUGCGGUGAAAGAGCCUUCAGAAGCAGCUAAGCGCAGUCUUGCUGUGCAAGAAACUAUGCAGGAACCGAGUACCGACACACUCACACAAGAAGAGCUGGAUCACAUUGCCUACAUACAACGGCUUGCAGAAGAAUCUUCAUCUGGUAUUGGUGUACCUGCUUUGUCCACUACAACGCACAGGGAUUCGUUCGGAGUAACUGCGGUGAAAGAGCCUUCAGAAGCAGCUAAGCGCAGUCUUGCUGUGCAAGAAACUGUGCAGGAACCGAGUACCGACACACUCACACAAGAAGAGCUGGAUCACAUUGCCUACAUACAACGGCUUGCAGAAGAAUCUUCAUCUGGUAUUGGUGUACCUGCUUUGUCCACUACAACGCACAGGGAUUCGUUCGGAGUAACUGCGGUGAAAGAGCCUUCAGAAGCAGCUAAGCGCAGUCUUGCUGUGCAAGAAACUAUGCAGGAACCGAGUACCGACACACUCACACAAGAAGAGCUGGAUCACAUUGCCUACAUACAACGGCUUGCAGAAGAAUCUUCAUCUGGUAUUGGUGUACCUGCUUUGUCCACUACAACGCACAGGGAUUCGUUCGGAGUAACUGCGGUGAAAGAGCCUUCAGAAGCAGCUAAGCGCAGUCUUGCUGUGCAAGAAACUAUGCAGGAACCGAGUACCGACACACUCACACAAGAAGAGCUGGAUCACAUUGCCUACAUACAACGGCUUGCAGAAGAAUCUUCAUCUGGUAUUGGUGUACCUGCUUUGUCCACUACAACGCACAGGGAUUCGUUCGGAGUAACUGCGGUGAAAGAGCCUUCAGAAGCAGCUAAGCGCAGUCUUGCUGUGCAAGAAACUAUGCAGGAACCGAGUACCGACACACUCACACAAGAAGAGCUGGAUCACAUUGCCUACAUACAACGGCUUGCAGAAGAAUCUUCAUCUGGUAUUGGUGUACCUGCUUUGUCCACUACAACGCACAGGGAUUCGUUCGGAGUAACUGCGGUGAAAGAGCCUUCAGAAGCAGCUGAGUGCAAUUUUGCUGUGCAAGAAACUAUGCAGGAACCGAGUACCGACACACUCACACAAGAAGAGCUGGAUCACAUUGCCUACAUACAACGGCUUGCAGAAGAGUCUUCAUCUGGUAUUGGUGUACCUGCUUUGUCCACUACAACGCACAGGGAUUCGUUCGGAGUAACUGCGGUGAAAGAGCCUUCAGAAGCAGCUGAGCGCAAUCUUGCUGUGCAAGAAACUAUGCAGGAAUCGAGUACCGACACACUCACACAAGAAGAGCUGGAUCACAUUGCCUACAUACAACGGCUUGCAGAAGAGUCUUCAUCUGGGAUUACUGUGCCAGAUACGCCCACUCAUACUAUGCAACAGUCUUCGUCAGCAAUGAUUGAACCGGAAAAGCAUAUGGGAGUAACUGAUACAGCGAAAAAUCUUUUCGCGAGAAUAUUCACGGAGAAAUAUAGCACUAAACCCACUCAGGCGGAGCGUGACCACACUGCUCACACGCAGCGACUUGCAGAGGAAUCUUCACCAGGAAUCACCGUACCUGCGCAACCUCCAUUCUCACAGCUUAUAUCAAGCAGAGAGAACGAAAAUGAACUAGAAGAAGAAUCUGAAGCAACUUCUGGAGCUGACCACUUGUCAGCAUCCGAUCUUUCAUUGCCAGAAGAUAUUAAUUCUUCUUACGACAGUUUGUACGCAAUGCAACAAUGUAAAGACGGUAGUAAAUCUGCACUUCCUACUUUCUAUAAUCCGGGGAGAAUUACCAAUCAAUUUGAGACAUCUUCGGAAGUUCUCAUGGACACGAACCUAUCGGUUCAGCUCUAUGAAACAGGUCAAAUGGAGGUGACUUCAGAAGAGACAGAAGGCAUUUUACCCGGAACUUCUGCGUUGAUUCUGCACGAAACUCCUUUCAACGAAUUUGCUCCAGAAACUAGUGUUGGACUACCUUCAACUGCUAAUAAUGUUGGAAUUGGAAUACCUAAAAAGGAAGCCAACACUGAACUCACCCAGGGGGAGCUCGACCACACUGCUUACAUGCAACGGCUUGCAGAAAAAGCUUUAUUUGGAAUCGCUGAACCUGCAAUGCCUACCCACACUGCUAGCGGAUCUUCGUUUGAAGCAACUACGCUGGAAAAGACUUCGAAAUCAGCUGAGGGUGAUCGCGCGAUACUUACGAAGCAACCUGGCAGCGAAUCACUGACUCAAGAAGAGCUCGAUCAUAUUGCUCACAUCCAGAGACUUGCAGAAGAAUCUUUAUUUGGGACUGGUGCACCUGUUUUGUCUACUACAAAGCACAGGGAUUCGUUUGGAGUAACUGCGGUGAGCGAGCCUUCAGAAGCAGCUGAGCGCAAUCUUGGUGUGCAAGAAACUAUGCAGGAACCGAGCACCGGCACACUCACACAAGAAGAGCUGGACCACAUUGCUUACAUACAGCGGCUUGCAGAAGAAUCUUCAUCUGGGAUUAGUGUAGCUGCUUUGUCUACUACAACGCACAGGGAUUCGUUCGGAGUAACUGCGCUGGAAGAGUCUUUGGAAACAGCUAAGAGCGGACGUGUUGCGGAAAUACAUACGGAGGAACCCAACAGUGAGACACUCACACAAGAAGAGCUCGAUCACAUCGCUUACAUCCAGCGACUCGCGGAAGAAUCUUCAUUUGCAAUUCCUGAACAUAGAAUGGUAAGCAUACCGGUAGUGGCUGCUGGUAAAACAUCGGAAGGAUAUGAGGAAAGCUGGUCAAAGGAAAGUGCAGAGAUGGAGCAUGAAAACUCUUCGUUAUUAUCCAGAAAUGUCAAGGGAAGCACGGAAGAAGGAUCUGAAUCCACUUCUGGAGCAGAUGAUCUAUCUGCAUCGGAAGAGUUAUCACCAGUGGUCACUGCGUCAAUUUACAAUACUGUUGCACCGUAUCCACUGGAGAAUGCAGAUGGUCCUACACAGGCAACAUCUGGUUCUCAUAUGUUCCUGAAACCUACUCCCAAUGCUGAGGAGAAUUCUACCGAGGAAAUUUUCGAGAAAACUAAUCCAACGGUUUCCCAGCAAAGCGUGUUUACUCAGGAAGAGUUAAGUCACAAAGUUUGUGUUCAGCAAAUUGCUGAAGAUUCUUCACUUAGGGUUGUAUCUGGAAUGUCCGCUAUGUCUUGUGAUGCUGCAGAACAAUUUUUGCUUGCAGCAAGUUCUUCAAAGAAGCCUAGCUGGCUUUUUGAGAGUUUGGAAGGCACAACAGUACCGUCUUCUCAUCUCGAUAAGAAAAAACCUAGAGAAAGCGACAUGAUGGAUGAAAGUAGUGCAGAACAACGGCAGCAAAGUUCUCCUUCUUUAUCGAAAGAAGAAAAUGAAAGCACAGAAGAAGAUUCUGAAGAAACGGGUGGGGCUGACCAGUCAUCAGUGUCCGAUUCUGGAUCACCAUUGCCCCUUUCACCACAAGAUAAAUCGAAUCCGAAACUGGAAAAUUGUGGUGAUGACGUGCUCCAACCCAUGAUGACUUCGCAUAUUUCGCAACCAAUUCUCCAAAGCAGCACAGACUUUAAUAAAGAGCUUUUUUUGGAUGCAAGUUCACCUAAACCAACAGAAAAUUUGCUAGUUCAGGAAGAACUCGACCACAUCGCGUAUAUACAGCGGCAUGCAGAGUCCUCAUUUGGUGUGAUUACUCCAGAGAUGCCCUCCGUGCCAGGUGACACCAUGAAGGGCAGAUACACGUCUAUUGUUAAUGCGAUGGUGGAGCUAGGAAAAAGCGAAUUAAAGGAGGAUACCGAUGUCGGGAUGCAUCAUCGUGAUCUAGUUUCUUCGUCAAAAGGGGGAGAAAGUAUAUACGCAGAAGAGAACCCCACAGGCACAUCUGCAGCUAACCAGUUGCCUGCUCAGGAAGUUGCUUUUUCAACAAGUACCGUUCAUCGAUCACUUAUAUCACUGAAAGACUCUAACGGAGAGGAAGUUGUAUAUACGCCUUCCCAGUCCACGCAAAAAUUAUGCACGUCUGAUUCUCUAACUGCACGUAAUCCAAAUUCUGUUCAAGAAGACAAGAAUAGCAGCACAACCUCAGAUUCUAAUAACCCUGAAGAGAGUCACAUUGUUCAAGGCGAAACGAAGACGUUCCCUUCGUUUACUGUAGGUUCUCCAUCAAGAAUAAGGUCAACAAGUCUUACCCAAGACCUGUACUCAGCCGUUGGCGCUGAUCUUACGCGUAAAGCUGAGUCGUUCAGCAGGAGCACUUCUGUCAACUACUCCUCUAACAUAGGUCACAUUUUUUCAAGACAGUCUUCGUUAAGGUACGGUGAACAGAACAAUUUUACAAACACUGAGCAGGAAGAGAAAAAGGUUCCACAGGGAUAUCAUGCACGAGGGGGAUCCAGUGUUCGCGUUAUAUAUACAGACCAUUCAUUACGUGCUUCACAAUCGUCUCCCACGGAAAAUAAUAUUGAUCUAGGUGAUGGUCGCCUGGAUGACGAUCCUUUUGACAAUCCUAACGCACCUGAAGUUCGGCCAAAAAUAGGCGUAGUUGUUGCCGACAAUGAAUCAACGGAAGGAAAAGUAAUUCGUCGUUCUCUCAGUGAAAUUGUACAGGAAGAAACCGAGACAUCGAACCAUGAACUUCGUUCAUCUCUCAGUUCUAGCUGUGUCACGAAUUUUUGUUCGCAACGUCAUGCUUACCUCAAUGCAUACGAAUUAUGUGAACAGCAUAGUUUUACAGAUAGUAGAGAUCUACUUUGUAACGUAGAUUUCUUGUGCAGACUAAAUUUUGCUGCACGUCGUCUAACUGAAGAUAUAGCCGAUGAAGCGGGACGUGAGCUCAGAAUGCAUUACCGAGCUCAGUCGAACCCUAGAGCUCGUUACUUCACAGAUACCGAUCUCCCUCGCCAUUCAACAUCAUUGUCAAGCAUGGAUGAUGAUCAAGCUUCAGGAAUUGGAUUCACAGUUGAGCCUGCUCCUCAAGAUGUACCUCCGUUCGGCCUAUUCUCCUUCUUCUCCAAGAAAUCUAAUCUGUUUGAACGUCCAAGAUCAUCAAUUUCACAUACCACUCUCACACGUGCUUCCACUCCAGAAAGAUCCAGAAAAGCGUCAGAAGACAAGAGCGGCGAUAUCCUAAAUUUGCUCCGCAGGUCUUCCGGUGCUGAAUCGCACACGUCUACGGAUAGCCCAUUGAAACUUCCAGAAGGGGCCUUAGAGGGUCUUUCGCAAACCGAGCUUGAACAUGUUCUGUCGGUUCUCAGCAAGUCGAACAGACUUCCAUCGCCGAAUAUGUCCAGAAGGAGUUCGUCAGCGAUGCAAGUUUUGCCCGAUAUGGACAACUUGUCAGAAACGGAGCGGAAACAUAUCCAGAACGUACUGGAAAAGGCAGAACAGAGGACACCAUAUGUACUCCGAAUGCCGCUACCCCAUCAAAUGACAGCACGUACGGAAUCAUCGGAGCACAUCUCUCUAGUUCUUUCGCAGAACUCUCAGGAUGAAGACUACGACACCCAAAUACGAUCCAUCGAAGAUGCCAUUCGUAGGGUUGAAAAGGACAGUGAAAACCACGAACGAAAGGAUACAGCAGAAGAUAAUUCGAUGAAACCUCUGAACAUAAGACAAGUGGAAAAUGAGCUAGACAUGACGACGGCAAUGUCACGAGAGAUAAAAUCUGCGAAGGACGACCUACGGCAGUCAGUCCCUCAAGAGCAAGGAGCUUUUGCUCCACAGAAGAAGGAAUCACAGGACCAGGAGAUCCGCCGUCGUUCAUCUUCGUCGUCACCGCUGGAAUCUUCCGUUAGUGGCAUUAAGUCUUUCUUUGGUAAGGCGAGUCAGGCGCUGUGGAGUGCUAAGGAUGUUUUCUCUGCUGAUAUGCGAAGAAGUUCGAACGGUGAAACCGAAGCGACACCAUCUUCAGCUCCAACAGCUGCCCCUUCUGGUGAAUUAACGGCCGAAGAACUUGAACACAUCCAAAAGAUAGCAAGACUAGCUGAACAGGACAUGAACGUUGCUUAUCCCACUGAUAUGGAGGCACACCCACGCAGUCACAUGUCCAUCCGCGACGGCAGCGAACAAGUGGAGGACGAUUCCCGCAAACUAUCUGUUUCCACUGCUAGAGUCACCGAUUUGAGAACAAAAAAAGAAGGAAUGACUUCAGACGGUGUCUUGGAGGGUGCUUUCGAGACCUCUCAGCAGACUGUUCCAUCUUCUGCAGCCGAACUUACGCAGGCAGAACUUGAUCACAUCAAUCGUAUCACUCAAAUGGCGUUGCUUGAAGAAAGCCAUUUCGACGACCAUGCUCGGUCACAUGAAAUGUCGAGUCAGCCUGAAGCUACAUCUACCCAAAUGACUGGCGUCGAUACAUCGUCAUCUUCUCCCAUUUCGAAAUUUAAGUUCAAACCUCUGGCAGAUCUAGGCAUUAAGGCAUUUAAAGGUGUUGUUAAAGCGGAAGAACUAAGAUAUACCUCUGAACACACGACCUCACAUGAGAUUAACGAAACUUCAACACCAGAGACUAUGCGACAAUCCAGUCGUGACGAAUUGUCCAACAUUUCUCUUGCGGGGUCUAGUCAGCUCACACAAGAAGAACUUGAACAUAUUACCCGCAUCAACCUCCUCGCUGCACAAGAUGACGUGAAUGAGGGGGAUCGCUUAAGAGAUGCUGCUCCCAGCGAACUUCCUGGUGUUGGACGAAAGUCAGAGAGUGUUCGUGCUAUCAGUGAAGUGGUAAAACAGGACGACUACUCAGGAGAUGAUGGUGAAGUUAGCGGACUCACUCAAGAAGAACUCGACCACAUCAACAGAAUCAACCAAAUGGCUCUUGAAGACGAACGUUUCUUACAUGAACCGGUACCUUAUGAGUCAAGACCAACGUCUUCCAUUGGUGUGCGGCACCUCAGUGGAGCUGUCGCCUAUGAUGGUGGAAAGGUCACGGAACCGCCAUCAGCGACCUCUUCGGCUUCCGGUUCGUUUUCAGGAUUCGGCAUUAACGCUUUCAAAGGAUUCAUCCAUAAUGUGGAAAAAGCAAAGCAGACAAUAGAGGAUUUUCCGCAGAUGAAACCGUCUCUGCUAACAGCACCGUCUCAACAGCCUAUAACUCGUGCGAGGGAGCCAACAAGAGAUGUUGGAUUUUCUGAACUACCGAAAGAAUCACAGAAUGCGAUCCAGCUUACUAAAGAAGAACUUGAACACAUCGAAAACAUCAACAAACUAGCAAUGAUGGAUGAUAGUACUUCCGAGACAAGAAUUCCGGGUGAAAUCGCGAAGAGAAGGGAAAGCGGAGGGCUCGUCCACAAUGAUGUGAACCAGCUAAGUCAAGAGGAACUCGAACACAUUACUCGAAUCAAUCAGUUGGCUAUGCAGGAAGACGCCCAGUUCCAUGAUGACUCCAGACCCUCUUUGGCUUACAGUAAACGAGACACAGAGACCAAAAGCUUUGGUGAUGUUGCCUCAUCCGAGCGUGUUAUUGAACCAAAAUCCUCUCCGAGCGGCUUCGGGUCAUUGUUCGGUAUGAAGCCUUUGACCGGUUUUGGUAUGAAAACGUUCAAAGAUAUUGUUCAGAAAGCCGAAGGGGCGAGAGACACAUUGGGAGGGUCAACCAUAGGUGAACCAAGCAAAGAGCUAUCCUUUCUAGGAACCAGUCGAAUUGAGACUCAACCACCUACAGAACUUGAUCUCCGUAGCAAAGACACUGUACAGCUUACGCAGGAGGAGCUUGAUCACAUCAAUAAAGUGACACAAAUCGCUCUGCAGGACGAAGUUCCCCAUGCUCUUACGCAUGUGCCAGUUACGUCACCGAUAGAUGCAGACCAGCUCACACAAGAAGAACUUGACCAUAUAAAUCGAAUUGCACAAAUGGCUGAUGAGGACGAAAGCAUGUACGGUGGUGAGAAGCCUCGUCAUACUCGGUCCGAGUCAGAAAAUGAACUCACAAAAGAGGAGCUGGAGCAUAUUGCUCGUAUCAGUCAACUCGCUGAACAGGAUGCUGCAGCAGUCAAUGCAUCCGCCUCUCUGCCUGCAGCACCCGGAAGAGAUUGGCCUAGUUCUGACAGUUUUGAGCAACGUCCCACUCAACAGCAAUCCUCGCCAUCGCUAUUGCACAGGACACCGCUCGGUGGGUUUGGGUUCGGUAAACUGAAGAAUGUGAUGCAGAAAGCAGAAGCAGCAAAGAGUGUGCUGGAAGGCAUAAGCAUGACUCCUCGUGCAGAUUCCCAACCAAGAGAUAUAACUAAAUCACCUUUGGAGAAAGAUACGAGAUUGGAACUCGUUCCUGAGCUCACUCAAGAAGAGCUCGAUCAAAUUAAUCGUGCUGCCGAUUCGGCACUACGGGAAAGCGAUGUACCGGCAAUGCCUGAACAUCUCUACGUGACAUCGCUGAAACCUGAAGAAGAAUCAGAAAUGUCUUCACCUAAAACAGAGGAACAGUCAGAGAGUCCCGAAUCCAUUGAUGACAUCCGCUAUGAGGCUGACAACGCGGUCGAUGAAGCUGUCGAAGAACAGUCCUCACCGGCGAGUAGUCAUGAAUCGCAGCGAGGCUCUCAGCGCACGAUGAGCCGUCAAUCCAGUGGUUUUGACAUUUUAUCAAUUCCUGAAAUGUUAAACAAUAAAAAUCUCAGCCGAUGGUACGAAGAGCAGUUGUCGUUCAUGAAAGAGUCGAUUGUUGAUGAGGAAAACGAAGCAGACGCAGGCUACACUGAGCAUGAACCAGUUCUGGAGAUGCAAGGUGAGGUUAUUGAGCAGCGUGAACAAGACGAACAUCCUUACUUUGGAUCUCAGACAGAGGAGGAGCUCAAGCAAAUCCCUUCAUUGGCUUCCGAUCAUUUUGAUGUUGGCGAUAGCGAACUUGUAGAAAAUCCCGUUGUCCCUACCAUGGAUGAUAAGAAUGAGAAAGAUGUCCUAGCAGCUGCCCCAUCGAUCGUUGCGACGACGAGGGGCAGGACUGAGGCUGGCAUCGAUCGCACGUCUUCUGGUGGCAUGCUGGACUCCGGCCAGGGAGGCCGUUUUCGCCUCUCCGGCCUCGGAAAGUUCGCCUCCGGUGCCUUCGGAAAGGCAAAACAAGCUGCCGCCGAAAUCGCCCAAAAUGUGCCUUCAACGAGCAAAUUUGCGACUCCAACUGCUCAAAUUGCAUCGGGUAUGGAAGACCUGUCGGAAGAAGAGAGGUUGAAGAUCCAGGCGGUGAUGGCAUGUGCUGAAUUGGACGCAGCGGCCACCGCCGUAUCCUCAAAGGCGACGGCACCAUUUUCUGACAUUUCUGCGAUGACAACGUUAUCAAAGGCGGAAGUCAUUCGAGGAGCAUCGCGCGACACGCGGUUGAAACAGGAUAGGGAACCAGUAGUAUCAACACCAUCGCGACCAUCCUCGUCAAUGUCCGUACGGAGCGACGUUUCUUUGCCACCCAUGGAAGGGCUCUCAGAAGAAGAAAAAGCUCACAUCGAAGCAGUCAUGGCUAUCGCCGAACGUGAUCAGAUGAUGUCCUCACCUUCAUUUGAACCACCACCUGCACCUGCCAAAGAGGCGCCCAUUCCUCCUGGGUUAGAAGACCUUUCUGAGGAGGAACGGCGCAAGAUUCUAGCAGUGAUGGCAGCCGCUGAUGCGGACUCAAUGACGGCGCCAACGCCGCCGUCGAAGCAGAUUCCACGAAGCGGGAGUGCAGCAAGUAUGCGACCAACCGUAGGAGUUCGCGAUGCUCAGAUGGGACGACCUAGGAGUGCAAUGGAUAGGCCGGUAGAGCCACUGCAUAGCGAUGACAUUGAGCUUCCCGGAAUGGAAGGGCUAUCAGCUAGUGAACGUGAACAAAUACUAGCCGUUAUGGAAUCUGCCAAACGAGACGCUGAAGGACCUCCCGUAGCACCUAUUGCUGCAUUACCGAAGAAGGUCGCUGAACCUUCUCCAGCGGGCUUCGCUUCAUCGCAGCAAAUACUAAGUCCCAGUCCUUCUUUCGUCGCUCCUGGAAUGGAAGAAUUGUCGGCUGAAGAAAGAGAGAAGAUCAUGGCUGUGAUGGCGAGUGCGGCCAUGGACGAGCAGAUGUCCAUGCCCGCCCUACCCUCUCCCCGACCCAUGCCGCAGCCUCAACCAGAAUUAGAUCUCAGCGAAGACCGAGAUAUUGCGCCUGAAAAUGUACUUAGGGAGGAGCAACCAGAAACGCCCAAGGAGGUUGCCACUGAUUUUGAUUUUUUGUUGAAGGACACCUCUGACUACGAUCUACGCCAAUCUGAUAGGGGGACGAGCGAUGGUGUUUCGGGUACACUGAGCUCGCCCGUCUGGGAGAGCGCCACCACGGCGAAGAACGCGCCCACGUCUGCAGUGGACACAUUUGGAGCGAUCCAGGAAUCCAGGGGAUCUUUUGUUUCGCAGACUCAACAAGAUCGACCACGACCGUAUGAGACGCCUCGAAGCGAUUCCCUGGACGACGAUAUACCUGGAGUGGAUCUUUCACAUCUGUCUCCGUCAGAACGAGAGCAGAUCCGAGCAGUUAUGCGUAUGGCUCAAAUGGAUGAUCCAGGAGUACAAAGAAGACAUGAAACAUCUGAACGAAUAGACACUUACAAACCGGACAGCGCAACAAAGAAAGAAGCCGAUAAGAAAGCCAGACAACAAUCCAUGACAUCCGAAAUCGGGUCACCCACUCGAGAAUCCGGUUACGGUACUACGUCGACAUCGUAUGAUAGAGAACUGGGUGAUUUCGCGACAAAGACUGAGAGAAUGUACGACGUGUUGGAGGAUGCCAGCGAGGUUAGAGAGGGUGCUCACUCGCGCAACGAUUCGAGAGCGGACGACAGACGUGAUGACUUCGAUUUCACGUACUCGGACGUUCGGUUCUCCGCGAUCAACGACGAGAACUUCGACCAGGACAGGUAUAGGAUGAGCGUUCACAAUGAUUCUGGAAUAGUGGACGCAGUUGAAAUGAGCGACGAGAUGUACAAACAGGAUGAAUCCGACUGGGCUAUGGGAAGAACGCGAAUGUGGACGACGGUGUUCGAGGGUGACGAAUCCGAGCAACCAGCGGACGACAUCUACCAACGACAAUCGCCAGAACAAGACAAUGUCUUUGACUUUGUCGGUGACGACUACGCUCUUAAAGAAAUCGAGUUCGAUACUGGAUUGAGAUCCUCACAGAAAACAACGUCUACCAUAGAAGCAUCAGGUCCUCGGACUUUCAUGAGACACGAAGUAGAUGUUAGGACCACAGUGAAACGUCCAACUCCCGAAAUCACCGUCACUGUUCAUGAGGACAAGUUGGACAGUGAGGACGACGAAAGCGGAAGUGAAGAUGACGACGAAUAUCCGGAUAAGGUUGUGGCUGCACCGAUCGCUCCAACACCCACCUACGAGGAGGUUGAACAGGAGCGACAGCGACAGGAACAAUUUGGCAAGGAGGUUCUUCAGCAGAUCCAAGCUUUCGGUGAAGCGGCGGACGACGAGUUCGACGUUCAAUGGGCAAAAUCUACCUUGAAGAAGAGUCAGAAGAAACGCGAUUCCGAGGAGAAUUCUGAAGAGUACACCACUCCGAGGAUAGAAGAAAUCGAAAGCAUUCCUGAUCAAAAACAAGACGUUCCAUUGGAAAUCCCGAAAGAAGAAGAAAGAAGAAAUCCAUUCCUGGAAUCACCCGAGGAUGAGGAUGUGUCAGUGGACAUGGAGGAGGUUGACGUUACUCGCGCUGCACAAUUCUACCAAACACAAUCUUUCUUCUGUCAUCGUCCAGGACCCGUGUACACGAUCCCCGAAGAUGUGAACGAGCGUGACGGCACGAUCGACAACUCAGAAAGCAGAAUGAUAGCAAGGGAAAAGAAAAGGCAAACGGCACGUUCCGUCGCAAACUCGAUCAUUGGCAUGUACGGGCAACCACUGGCUCCAAUCCCAUCAACUAAGGCAUCUGUGGCUGCUGAAGCAACAACGUCGUCUGUGGCCCCUAGCUCUCAAGCGAUUAUCGGCUUUGGAUCAGGAAUUCACGCACGCUCAGUUACUUCAACAGUGGACAGUCAUGCUUAUACAACUCACGCACACUCGCUACCCUCGUGUACGUCUCAGUCCUCGCCGCAAAUCUCUUCAUAUCUGUAUUCUUCUUCGCCUCUUUCACUGGCUUCUACUUCUGCAACCACUACAGGGAACUAUAUCUCUGCGCCUGCUAGUACAACAAUCUCGGAUAUCCCUGCUUCGAUCAGCGCGUCCAUCGAUAAAACAAUGGCUGACAUCGAAUCAUUGCUCGAUUCCGUCUAUACUUCCGAGAGUUCCAAACCAAAUCUGUUGUUCUACAAUCAAAAAUCUUUCACUCAACCUAUUGCAGCAACGACUACCACUAGUGCAACGGUGGCGCAUAAGCCUAUAACAGCAAGUACCGGCGACUCUGCCGUUACGUCCACAGCGACUGCAGAUGCUGAACCUCUACGUUUACCACUCUCAAGACCACUUGGAAGUACUCUGGAAUCUGUCAUCGCUAAUCCGGAAACCGAUGGUGACUCAUCCCCUAGAGGUCUGAAACGUUCACCAGGGAUGAUGAUCACAUCGGACGUGUUCAGCGGGGCUAAGAUACACAAAGUGCAACCAUCGGACUCCAAGACCACUCCCCGUACAGAGAUUUCGGCUGUGGAUGCGUUUUCAUCAGAACUUCCCAACACAUUUGAUGAGCUGAAGUCGUCGUAUAAAUGGCUGCGCGAGAUUUCUGAGGAUGAUGGCAGCUCGGCCGGUCAGGAGAUGGGUCGUCGCAAACUACCAUCCAUUCCAUCAUACUCUUCCUACUCUGCCGCGCCGUCUUAUCAAGUAGCACCACCGUCGUCCGCAACCUACACGCCACCACCUAUCACCAUGCCACCACAGUCUAUGAGUCCGCUGGCCGUACAGACUGACACAUUGAAACGACCCUCAUCCAGUAUUCGAUCCCAGAUCUCUCCUGCUCCAGUCUACAUCAACGCCAGCGCUCCUAUUCCGUCUACCUCAUCCAGCUAUUCAAUAUUCGGUGUCAGCUCUACCUGCACACAAACCGCUCUUCCUCCCGAAAAACUGCCAAACGGGCAUCUGCCUACUGAUUAUUCACGUCCUCCUUCUGCUUCUAGUGGUACUUCCCUUGCUCGAUCUAUUGAUCCUGCCAUCAUUCCCGGUGCUUCUUUCCAAACUACUGCCAAGCCGAAAACUGCUCUACGCCAACCAGUCUCCUUUAUUAAGACCAAACCAGCCCAUACCCCGAAGAUCCCCAAUACUCUUGCCCGUGUACUGCUCAAGAAGGAACUCAAGGAGGCACUGUCUCGACGUCGAGAGGCUCUCGAAGCGUGCGAAAUUGAAGCCAACCAAAGGCAAUACAUUGUGCACAAAAUGCUCGUCACAGGUCUUCUGCCUGAGGCUCGCGAAGACGAUACUCCAAGAGUUAUUCCCUGCCUUCUCCCAAUGGAGCUAAUAAGUGGCGCUCGAGUAAUUCCGAAGCCAACAGUUAGUGUAGCGACGCAGAAAUCUGAGUUUGAUUCGCGAUUUCCUAUCACUUCUUCAUCGUCUCAUCUACAGUACAAGCCGAAUUUUACCUCCUCAACGACAGCUCCUUCAGUUGCGCCUGUUCCUGCCACACGACUUCACUCCCUGCCGUCAACGUCACUCCGAGCUCAGCUGGAUGCCGAAAGAAAACCACACUUCAAAGAUUUCUCUCUUGGUGCUAAAAGCGUAGAAACGCAGACCGAACAACCCUCUACAGCAGUCGACUAUGCUGUCUGCAGUCGUUCCAAGUUUUCGGAUAGGAUUUCGCAGCAACGUAGUCGAAGCAACGCAAACGUGCAAACGAACGACUUGCUCGAAGCAACUAAGAAGUACUUUGAGGACUACGAUCGGCAGUUGAACGAGCUGACCGAGAAGGCGAAGCGAGCACAUCGACGCCAGUUCGAGUUUCACGACGACGACCCUUUGAGCCGGGAAACCAGACGGUUACAACUCAUGGACGAAUUGGCCCGGCGACGAGAACGAAUGUUUGCAAAUAUGGAUCUGCCGUCAGAGAAAAUGCCCUAUAGAGCUUACCAUUCCCAGCUUGCUCUCGACUCUUCCGACUACUCGUCUAUUGUCCCUCACUACGGAUCCCUACCUCGUAUCGACUACCCAUCACGAAGCAGGAGGUCGCCACUUUCUCGCGAUUUCACUGUGCGCGAGCCAGCAACGUCAAGUUAUGCUUACAACUACGGCUCUCUGCCAAGAAAUUACGAACGAUGUUUGGGACAGCAGUUCGGCCCGAUCCAAGUUGACUAUGAGCAGUCGUUCGGAGCACGACCCACUGCCGGUGCUGCGUCCCGUUCCAUGUUCAACCUCCAUUCUGAUAACAUAAUCGAUCCGCGGUAUCGUUUGCCACCAGGCAGUAUUCGUUCGAUGAACUAUCUAGACCAGACGGGCAUCGACCGGACCGAUCCUCUUGCCUAUGCAACUCCUUACCUGCAAGGACGAGCCUAUCCAAGCGACACUACCAAUUUAAGCACGUCGCAACCCCUCGGUUCGCAACAGGGCGACAUGAUUUCGCGGUACGCUACCUAUUUAAACAACCAGUUCCAGACUGGCCUUCUGAGCCAAGUCGAUCCUACAAGGAAUCUUAUGUCAAUGCCUUCAUCAACACCUGCGUACCGAUACGAACUGCCACCCGCUGAUCCGUACAUGGCUCCAUUACCAUCACUAACGCUCUCAGAACCAGCUGCCGCCGGACCCAUCCCGACCUACGAAGCGCCGCAGGUAUACAGUAGAAGCGAGAAUAAUUACGGUGCUCGACCUCCUAGCUAUCCUCUGGAUUAUGGGAACAUGUACCGACAGCGAUUGUUACGAACAACUCCUCCAGAACUGCCAGUUGACGAUCCGUAUGCACCUAUGCCUACUGUUGCCGCCCCCUACGUGCAUACUUUUCCACAACAGACUGCAUCGUACUACCAGCCGCAGUACCAACUCCCUUCGAGGUCCAGCUAUCCCCCUGCACUCUCUUCUAAUGUGCCUACAGGAUACGUUGGGAAACCAGCUGCAAGGACAUGGUCUGGAAAUAUUGUGCCUUCUGCCUAUGACGCUCGAUAUCCCCGUGAGGACGCUUUGUCGAGGAUGUACGCCACCGUCGGAAGACGCCGCCCUCAAGCAGAGUCCCAUAAUAGGAGGAAUCUGUACAACAUAGAAAGACGCUCCGACUAUCCAGCGAAAAGAGUUGUCGAGGAUUCAUUCCGAAAUCGAGCGACUCAGGACGUCGUCCCUCAGGACGUCCCAUCGUCGACCAUUAAGCGAAUACUGCUGACGCGCCGAUACAAGGACCACAACAUCUAUAAUGAUCUCGGGAUUCGAGUGGUUGGCGGAAAAAGGAUGCCGAACGGUGAGCUUGGGGCAUUCGUGUCGGCCGUGAAUCAGGCGAAAUACAAUCAGAUCCUCGGAGAGGUCAAAGAGGGUGAUCAAGUUCUUGAAUGGAACGGAGUUCUGCUGAACGGUAAAACAUUCGAAGAGGUGGAAAGGAUCGUAAACUCGAGCAGCGGAGAAGUUGAAAUCAUUCUUAAGUCAGAGGGCGAAAAAUCGCAUCGAAUAUCGAAUCCUCGUGGAUAUACGAGUAUUUCUCGAGAACCGGCACGUUUUGCCAACCCCUUGCCAAGCAGUCAAAAAACGCUGCGAAUAAAAGAUGUCUCGCCAGAUAGAGCUCCUCCGGUUCCAAUGCAUCGACGAAAUGGUCACAAUAUCACUCUGGGCAGGCAAAAUCCAUCUAGUCGUAUCUACGAUAACGUCGACAGUUUAGAAUACUCUGAGGAUGCUUGGUCUAACAGGCCUCAGGAUGCUCUCGGUUACCUACAAGUAGCGAUUUCAUACGAUCGCGCAACUUCUCGCGUAGUUGUGAGAAUCGUUGCUGCUCGUGGCCUGAAAAUGCGCGACUACACUCGACGUCUUGCGCCGAAUCCAUUCGUGAAGAUUUAUCUCUUACCAGGCAGAAAAGUAUCGAAUAAACGUCGAACUCGAUUCGUUCCAUGCUCUACGGAUCCCGAAUGGAAUCAAAUCGUCGAGUGGCAAGUGCUGCCUGGCUCGCUACCGUCGCUCUAUCUGGAGUUCACCGUCUGGGAUUACGAUCGACUCACCGAGAAUAAUGCGCUCGGUCAAGUCACCGUCAGCCUUGCCGAUCAUACUCUGCUGUCUGGCCAGCCGUGUUGGUUACCGCUGCAGCCUACUGAUCCCCGUCCCGUCACCCACCUUCUGAAUGCUCCCCUCGACAACGAAAGACCGCACAUAUACCAUUAUAAUCCAGCAUCUCUCGACAUAGGAUAUCCAGCCAUAAACUAG